AUGCAUAUCCCCACUACCCUAUACUACUUUACACUCUUCACUCCGUUUACUGCGGCUCUCCCGGCUCAGAGCGCAAAAGUCAAACCACCAUUCUUUGUUCUAGCCGGCGACUCCACAACAGCGGUCCAAUCCACCGGCGGCGGGGGCUGGGGCACCGGUUUCUUGGACACGACGCUCGGCAAUGGCUCAUCAGGAAAGAACUACGGGCACAAUGGCGCUACGACAGUAUCGUUUCGGGAAGGUGGUGAUUGGGCAAAUGUUCUUGCAACAGCCAAGACAGUGUCAAGAGACUACACGCCCUACGUGACGAUUCAGUUCGGGCACAACGACCAGAAGCCUGCGGCGAACAUCAGCAUAGCAGCCCUAACCGCCAACCUGGUCGCAUUCGUAAAAGAAGUCCGCGCGGUCCCAGCGACGCCUAUCAUCGUCACCUCGCUGAGCCGACGCAGCUACGACUCGACGGGUCACGUAGUGGAGAGUUUGGCCGACGUGACGGCCGCGGCGAAGGCGGCUGCUAAGCAGAGUAGAGCAAAUAUGAUUGAUCUGAACGGAGCAAGUACGAAGUACUUGAACGCUAUCGGUGCCGACGAUGCGCACAAGUAUAAUCUAAAUCCGACGGAUAACACACAUCUGAACGCCGGGGGAAGCAUUAUAUUCGGCAAUUUGGUGGCAAUGCUAAUUGAUGACGAGAUAGCGCAGCUGAAGGAUUAUGUCAAGCCUAUAAAUUCUAUCCAGGAGGCGUUGGAGAAGGGCGAAUUUGUCUUUGCCAGGCCAUAA